AUGGUGAAACUGGGCAGCAAUCUCUGUGAGAAGCCGGACAAGGAGCAGGGCACCGGCAGCGGUGAUGACAGCUUCGACAACAUCCCUUUGAUAACGCCGCUGGACGUCAACCAGCUACAGCAGCCCUUCCCUGACAAGGUGAUUGUCAAGACCAGAACAGAGUACCAGCUCCAGCAGAAGAAGAAGAGAAAGUUACAUGUCCCAGGAAUUAAAAAGCUGAACAUAAACCUAUACGAUGAAGUAUCAGAGAAGGUCAAGCUGACGGGGUUGAUUCUCAUCACGAUGGCCUUCCUGGCCUGCCUGCUCAUGCUGGUCAUGUACAAGGCACUGUGGUAUGACCAGCUGAGCUGCCCAGAGGGCUUUGUGUUUAAGCACAAGCACUGCACUCCCGCCGCGCUGGAGAUGUACUAUUCAGAGCAGGAAGUGGGACCCCAAGGAAGUCUCUACACGGCCAUUAACCACUUAAAUCAAGGCAAGAAAACCGUCCCUGACCUGCCUUCCCCUUGGUUACCGGUCAUUAAUGCCUUGAAGAAAGCUGAGAAAGGCAAAGAGGAUCCGGCUGGCAUUCAGCAGUAA